AUGGACGCUGCACGGAACAUCUAUAAACACGAUGUGGACUUCGCUGUCCUUGCUCUCCAGUACCCCAACUUUGCCAAACAUCUGAAGCAAAACAAUCAACUUGACUUCACCGAUCCAGAUGCCGUCCAGUACACCAGCCCUGCCAUCUAA